UUAUUAAUCGUAUUUUAAAUAAAGUAAGAGAUACCUAUUACACCAUUGUUUGAAAGUUAAUUAUAAAUCACACAAUAUGGUUGCUAGGGUAGCAGGUGUUUUUGAUGAGAAAUUAACAGAAGCCAUCGCUAAUUCGAAAGUUUUAGUCGUCGGCGCCGGUGGUAUAGGUUGUGAAAUUCUAAAGAACCUUGUACUGACUGGCUUCCCAAACAUUGAGAUUAUUGACCUUGAUACCAUCGACGUAAGCAAUUUAAAUCGUCAAUUUCUUUUCCACAAAGAGCAUGUUGGAAAAUCCAAGGCACAAGUGGCAAAGGACAGCGCACUCAGUUUUAAUCCCAACGUGAAUAUUGUUGCCCACCAUGAUAGCGUAAUCAGCAAUGACUAUGGAGUUAGCUAUUUCAAACAGUUCAACAUUGUGAUGAAUGCAUUGGACAACCGUGUGGCACGUAACCAUGUGAACCGGAUGUGCCUGGCCGCAAAUGUGCCGCUCGUUGAAACCGGCACUGCUGGAUAUGCUGGACAGGUUGAAUUAAUAAAAAAAGGGCUAACUCAGUGCUAUGAAUGUCAACCGAAAGCACCACAAAAGAGUUUUCCCGGAUGCACAAUCCGUAACACACCAUCUGAGCCGAUUCACUGCAUUGUAUGGGCAAAACAUCUCUUCAACCAAUUGUUUGGUGAAGAAGACCCCGACCAAGAUGUCAGUCCUGAUACAGCCGACCCAGAGGCUGCAGGCGAAGCCGGUUCUUCGGCGUUAAACGCAAAAGAAACAGAAUCUGGGAAUGUCGAAAGGAAAAGCACGAGAAUGUGGGCGGCGGAAACGAAUUACGACCCAGAGAAACUGUUCACUAAGCUCUUUGGUGAUGAUAUCAGAUAUCUAUUGUCUAUGGAGAAUCUGUGGAAGAAACGUCGUCCACCUACGCCACUGACUUGGGACAAUUUGCCGGGGAAAGACGAUCCGCCGGCAAAACACUCUGGGUUGCCAGAUCAGAGAGUGUGGUCUGUGCAUGAGUGUGCACAGGUGUUAGCAUCCAGCUGCAAAGAGUUACAAGCUGAUCUAAAGAGUAGGCCAGACGGAGACCACUUAGUUUGGGACAAAGACGAGAAAAGUGCUAUGGACUUUGUUACAGCGUGUGCCAAUAUUCGCGCGCACAUCUUUAAUAUUCCUUUGAAGUCGAGAUUUGAAAUCAAAUCAAUGGCCGGCAACAUAAUACCAGCUAUAGCAACAGCAAAUGCGAUCGUAGCUGGUCUAGCGGUUAUCCGCGCGCAGGCGAUACUCAAAGGGGAUAUAGAGACGUGCACCAGCGUGUACUUAAGGCCCAAGGUCAACCAUCGGGGACAGCUGUUCGUGCCGGAGCGAACACUGACAGCGCCCAAUCCAAAAUGCUAUGUGUGUGCUCCAAAACCCGAAGUAGCGCUCGCUUGCAAUCUCAAACAGUUGACACUCAAAGAUCUAAACACGGCGCUCAAAGAAGGCCUCAACAUGCAAGCGCCUGACGCAGCCGUCGAGGGCAAAGGCCUAGUCGUUCUAUCAUCAGAACCGGGAGAAACAGAUCAAAAUAACGACAAAACGUUAGAAGAAAUUGGCUUAAGCGAUGGCUGCGCUCUGCUAGUCGACGAUUUCCUUCAGAACUACGAAGUGAGGGUUCGUCUGCAACAAGAGGACGAGGAGAAAUCAUGGCGUCUAGUGACAGAAUUGGACGCACCAAUGCCAGCGCCAAAGGAAGAUAAACCCACAAAUGGUGCGAACGGUUCAAAUGAUCCCAAACCCGGUCCAUCCCGUCCAAAGGACGAUAGUGACAGUGAUAUGGAGAUUAUAGAAGAGGAUGAAGGUGUUGAAACAGUGAAACCUCCCAAACGUAGGCGUACGGAAAUGUCCGAUGAAAUUGUGGAACUCUGUUAGCUGUAGUGCUGUUCAGUACUUGUAUGUAAGCAAAUAUCUACUGUAUGAAGACUCCAAGGGUCAAAUUGCAUGUGUCAAAUGACUAGAAAUUUUUAUAUGGUAUGUGGUUAGAAAUGCCUACUAUAUAGUAGCACAUUGGUAAACAUGUUCAUAGAUUGUGUAAUUUUUACUAGUUGUUUGUCGUUACUGGAGUUAAGAUAUUAUCAGAGUUGUAAUUUUCCCAAAUGUUAUUUUAUUUGCUCAACCAUUUUUUGGAACGAAGUUCAUUAUCGCGCGGUGCGAAAGGGGGACUAGACAGAAAAAAUUAAGACCAAAAGUUUUAAUAACACUUUUUGCUAUAGGUGUUGUGCUCUGUCCGUCUCUCUUAUCUCAUAGAAAGCAAGCCAGUUAGUUAUUUUAGUAACUUCGUUCUAUCCGGUUUGUUGCAUGUUUUUUUUUUAAUUUCCAACUCAAUAUUCGAAAGUUCAUGAAAUUAUUUUGGUUGUUUUAAUUUGAAUAGGUUGACGAAAAGGAAAUCUUGAGUCUUUUCUAUUGAUGCAUAUUUUUUAAGGUAGGUACAGUGGGAAAAUGCAAAUAUGUCUAGAUGCAGUUUGGCCCCGAUAGUAAGUUAUGUAUGAAAUGUAUGCUUUUCAUAUCAAGGCAUGAGCCUGAUAGUUUAAAAAGUUAGGAAAUACCUUGUUGUAAGCAAGCUCCGUAUAGUCUCCAGUUUUGUGAUUUUUAAUACAUAUUUACUUAAAUUUUAUAUCCAUUUUCGUAAUAGUUGCAACUUUAAGAAUUCAAUUUUAAAAUUGAAUAUUUUCAUAUAAAAAGGUAAGGGACAAGUAUCCUUGUAUUUUUAAAAGAAAUCUCUUGUAUUUAACAUAAUACAUAAAACCGCAUGAGGUUUAUCAAUAAAAGUGUAAUAUUGUUAAGAACAACAUUGUCUAAAAUUAUUUAUAUUGUAAGAAAAAUUUUCUCUUAAAUAAAACUAUAAAAUG